CGUGGUCGGGCUUCAGCUGUUAGCUUGGACUUUCUUAAUUUAGUCACCCGGUGCCAUGGCGCCCAGCGAGGAGGAUGGCUCGAUGGAAGAGAAAGAAACCAAGAAGAAGCCUCUCAGCCCGUUUGCUACCGCUUGGCUCACAUUCUACAACAUUACCAUGACGGCCGGGUGGCUGGUACUAGCUGUGGCUAUGAUUCGAUUUUCUUACCAGAAAAGAACACACAAGGGACUAUAUAGGAGCAUACAAAAGACACUAAAAUUUUUCCAGACAUUUGCAUUGCUAGAGAUUAUCCACUGUGCUGUUGGAAUAGUGCGAACUUCGGUGCUUGUUACUGGGGUCCAAGUCAUGUCCAGAAUUUUCAUGGUGUGGUUUGUUAUCCAUAGUAUAAGACCGAUACAGAAUGAGGAAAGCGUCGUUCUUUUCUUGGUCACAUGGACAGUGACAGAGAUUACCCGAUAUUCCUUUUACACAUUCAAUCUGCUCAACCAUUUGCCUUACUUCAUUAAAUGGGCCAGAUACAACUUCUUCAUCAUCUUGUAUCCAAUUGGUGUGGUUGGUGAACUUCUUACAAUUUAUGGUGCCCUGCCUUUCGUAAAGAAAUCUGGCAUGUAUUCUCUGAGACUUCCAAAUAAGUUCAAUGUCUCUUUUGACUACUACACUUGUCUUAUCAUUGUAAUGAUAGCAUAUAUACCACUUUUUCCACAACUGUAUUUCCACAUGCUUCGUCAAAGAAGGAAGGUGCUUCAUGGAGAGGUGAUCAAAGAAAAAGAGGAUUAGAACAUUGAUGAAAUAUUGGUGCUUCUCUCAGGAUCGUUAUACUGUUCAAACCCCAUUUACACCAACAUUGUAAAUGAAGAUUCAAUCUGAAUUGACAGUUAACCUGAAUCAAAGGCAUUGCAUAAAUGCUAUGAAUUCCCCCAACUUUGAUCAAUUUGGAAUUAAAAUGAUCUAUAUUACCAUUCCAGACUGAUACAAAAGUUGCUUCAAUGUGUCCAAAUUAAAAUGCCUGGAAUGGAUUUGAAUUAUUAUCCACUGUCAUUAAUUGAUUCUUAUGUCAUGAUGGCAUGUCUGUGACAUUUCCUAUUUUGCACGCUUUGGUGUAAAUUCUUGCCCUUGAUACAUUUACCCAGAUUGUCUCCAUUAUAUAAAUGCUAAAUGUUUGAAACUCCAUUCAGAUCAAUGUUAUCCAAAUGGAAUCUGAAUUCUACGUGUAAAAGGGGAUGGAAAAUAAACAACCAAAACCUCAGUGCGACCUAUUCAAUGAUUCUGAGGUACGAGAAUCAUGGAACCAAAAUAAACAGCUCUGCAUAAAACAUGAUGAA